AUGAUAUAAAGCAGAGAAUAUUUUCUGGUGCAUCUGUCACAAGAAUAUCCUUCUGAUUUUUUUUUAAUUUUGUAUUAAUAAUACAAAAUGAAUAAUAGUAUAAAUAUUAUGAGUGAAUUAAGUAUGAAUGAUUUAAAUAGUAAAUUUUUCGAGAUAAUGCAAAAUGAAACUAAUGCCGAGGAUGCAGCUAACUUUAUUUACGAGAGUGUUUGUGACGAUGUAACUUUAGGGGUGCUUUUUGAAUUUCAUCACGGAUUAAAAACUGGACUUACGGACCUGCUGGAAGGUGAAAAGGAGGAAGAGGAAGGAUAUAAAAUAGUUAAUUCCCCAGAAUGCGACGUUUUCGGGUUUUCGAUAUUGAAAAAGACCCCGGACUCGAAUUGUUCGUGUCCAAACUGCGACAGACCCGUUUCGGCUACAAGAUUCGCUCCACAUCUAGAAAAAUGCAUGGGUAUGGGCCGAAACAGUUCACGUAUAGCGUCGCGACGCAUUGCGUCUAACAGUCGAGAGCCGACCUCCUACGCAGGGCUGCUCAGUGAUGAUGAAGAUGAUGCAGAUUGGUCCGGUGGCUCCUUGCAAAGUGACCGUAGAAAGCGCAGGAUGAAAAACAAUCACAACAAACGAUCCAGCAAAAGUCACAAGGGUCAUAGGAAUAAUAACGGCCAUCACAAUUCAGACUCAAACGACGGGGGAGCUACAUAUGAAACGAUGUCAGCCAAUGAAAAGAAGAACCUGCUGCUGCAAAUCUGUGGAGUUGUGUCCGAACAUACUAAGAAAUUAUGUACCAGGUCAACACGAUGUCCCCAACAUACAGAGGAACAACGUCGAGCUUUAAGAAACAGCGUGCUUGAGCCUUCUACCCCAGAGUCACAGACAAUGGGCCUCACAGCUGACGAAGCAGGAUCUCCACCAGACUCCAGCCCUUCGUCAUCCUGCUCAUCCUCUAGUCGCAAAAGGGACAGGCAUCGCGCUCCACCGAAAAUGAAGAAUAAGAGAGAUAGGAAUAUGUCGCCAAAUGGUAGGGAUUGAAUGGCUAAAUUAUUUUCGUAGAACUUUUAACUACAUAAAUAUCCGCUACUUAGGAAAUCUCUAAACCACAUCAAAGAGAUGAUUAUCUAAAAUAUGCUGAAAAAAAAUCCAUGAAAUAAAGUAUAUUAGGAACUAUUGUGAAUGGUGUUGAAUAAAAAAAAAAAAUUAUUCAUAUUUAGAAGCUACAAUGCCACAGACAUGUAUGUCAAACUUUUGACGUAUGAACUAGUUUAUAUUUUUUUGAGAAUGCAUUCUCUAAAUUUUAUAUUUGGACGAACUUAUUAUGAUUCUAUGAAUUUCUAAUGACCCAAAGGUAAACACGGUUUCUUACCAAAGGUAUUUAUUGACUCGAGCACCUAAAAUUAAAGUGCUGGAAUCUUCUCUGACUGAAGGCAACUUAUGUUUGGAAGCUAACAUAGACCUGUGUAUCAAAUUGGAUGUUCGGUACAUUUCUAAGUAUUUCACAGAAUUUUUGUCUUAGUACUAUUGUUAAAUCUCUCCUUAAGGGCUAUUUAGAUCUCAAUCAACUAGAUUUUUCUAAUAUUAUCUUGUAUUAUUAACUUGAAAUGAUAAAUUAGCUAUAUUAUUGUGAAAAAAAAAACAAAUGAAGUAUACUUUACUUUUUAUUCUAUUUUAUAUUUACUAUUUUUAUUAAAUGAAUUUAUAAUGUAUUGUAAUGACAAAUUAAAGAGUGGUGACUUGUGUUAAAAAAUUACUUAGCUUUCUUAUAAUGUUGAUUCAUCUGCACAAAAGAUAACUGGGAUGAUUGAAAAUACCCGUGAUGUUAAUAGAGCAAAUACAUACAUAGACCAUUUAAAUUUCCAAGAACAUGUAAAUCAAUCUUAAAAUUAUAUUUUACUAAAGCACAAAAUUUAGCUUCAAUAUUAAACAUACCCUAUAAAUUAAGGGUAAUAAGUUAUCCAGUAGAGACAACAUGUGAAUCUUAGCCAAAGGUGCAGGUUCAAAGCCAGUCCAGCAUUAAAUAACCUUCACACAUCUAUAAUAUGUGGUUAAUAUAUUCAUCUCAUACAGCAGUGAAGAGUAAUAGGUAGGCAGACAAGCAAAUGGAGCCAAUUGAUGGUAAAUGUUUCCAACUGCAUUGACUUUGGUGCUGUUAGAAAUAUUAACCAUUCCUUACGUCACACCAAUGCUCAAACAUUCUUGGAAGCUAAGAUGUAAUGUCCCUUGUGCCUGUAGUAACACUGACUCAUUUAACUGUCAAACUGAAGCACAAUAAUACUAAGAAUUGUCGUUUAAUAGUAGAAUAUCUGAUGAGUUGGUGGUACCUACCCAGGUACUACAGGUAUUGGUGUGACGUAAGGAAUGGUUAAUAUUUUUACCUGUACCGGUACAGUACCUGGGUAGGUACUGUACCGGUACAGGGCUGGCACAAAGUUAAGGAUGAAUUUGGAUGCUAUAUAAAAAUUAUGCUGGACAAUAUUGUCAAGAUUAUUUGCUUAUAAUAUAGCUUAAUACUUCUCUAAUAUGUGACUACAUUUCCCAUUUUAAAAGAGUUGUAAUCAAUUGUUAGAAUAGCAAAAACUGUUUUGUUAAUCAAUGUUGUAAUAAAUAAGAUCAAAUAAAUAUAGAUGUUUUUAGGAAAUAAAAAAAAUAUCUACUCUAUAGAUCUAACUAGACUAUGUAAAUGUGAAAUAUCGUUAAAAUAUCAUUAUUGAUGUAACCUGUUUGUUUAUGUAGAGGCUUAGUUCAUGUUUGUGUAUAUCAAACGAAAUAGUUUGUGUUCAGGUUAUUUUUUCAACUUCCCGAUGCAUUUAAGGCUUGAUGUUCCUGUACCGCAGAUCCUUCGCUUAUUCCAAUCUCACAGGGUCUAGUUAUAAUGAAAAGUAAUUUCCAACAAUGACUUGAUUGAACACAUAUAACAACUGUAUGCCUUGUGCGAGUUUUACUCGUAUAACUACAUCGUGUUAACGUAAUUUUUACUCUUUAAUGUGUAUAAAUUGGCGCGCGUACUCGCAAUACUGGAAACAACCAAUCACGAGCACUGACGUCACUUUCAAACGCUAGUCGAUGUUGAAUGUUCGUUAAUAGCGAAGUAAUUUACAAAUUGUGAUUCUAAUUUUUGUAACUGUUUGGCGCUGUUUUGAUUCCAUAAUACUGAUAUAUUGAUUCAAUAAGUAAUAAAUCUCGCACUGGGCACCCUGAAUUACAAUUUUGAUUGUAUAAAUAUUUUUACAAGCAUAGACAAAGCAAACAUGGAUCAUAUACUAAGUAUUGUCUAUUGAGCUGUUUAGUACAAGAGUUAAAGCGAUUGCGAGUAAAAAUUACUGUUUCAAGAAUUCUGAUUGUCUAAGCUGUAGUCUCUGAAUCCUGUGCCCUUGUCGUUAACUGUCCACAAAGAGAAGGGGGGGGGGGGGCAAAGUUCUAAUCGCAUAGUGACUUCGUGUCUUUCUAUAGAAUAAUAUAUUUUGUGAGGCUAUUUCUCAAGUCAUUGUCUAUGAUUACAAAUAUAUUAUUGAGUUAAUAUAAGUUUUAAAAUAAAUACCUUAUCUAUAGUUUAUUUCAAUAGUACGAAGUUCAAACAAAACUAAAAAUAGUAAUGUCUAUAGUAAUAAUUGCAUUUGUUGCUGCAUUUCAAUGUUCCGUGCACUCCAUCUGUCUUUUGUUUUAUAGUCAGACGUUAAUCAAGUAUCAUGUGGUUAUUUGAUUUCAAAUUAUUACUUUAAUAAUCUUUUAAUAUUUGUCAUACUUUGCAUUUAAUUUAUAAUUAAUAUGGAUACAUAGAAUUUUUCUGUGACAAUGAUUCAUUGCAACAAAAACAGCUUGACGGUGUACUUCCUAUCUAUGUAUAAAAAUCCAUAAUACGGAGUUAUAAACCUUUGUGUUUUAUAUUUAGCAUUUAAAAUAACAUUUUGUAUGAAUUGAAUCAUUAAUUCGAUAAGGUAGUCUGUCGAAUAAACUCACCUGUCGAAUUCAUUAUUUUGUUUACAUAUUAAGGAAUUGUAAUUUAAUAUCCAGUUAGCCUUACAUAGGAUAUUUUCAAGUAGGUACUGGAAAAUACAAUCACAAAUAAUGACCUAUAUGUAUUAUCAUUUAUCAUAAAACAAUGAAAAAAUAUUGUUAAAUUUAUUUUAUAAUGUAAUUUCAUAUGUGUUUUAGUUUCUCAUAAUCAUAUUGCUAAUGACGAUGUUUAGACUUCAUGACUUCGGAUACAAAGCGACUAUUGUAAAUAAGUUUUUGAAUUGUUAUAAUCCGUCAGCGAUUUUUGGAUAAAUUAAAAAUUGUGUUAAUCAAGAUUAUGCAAAAUUUAAUAAAUCCAAAUGAAUUUAAAAAUUAUUUGAAUUACAUUAUACUUGUAAUCUCUCAAAAUUAUGUCUGCUAUGUUUUACUGAUUUAUUUUAUUUUUAAAUUAGCCACCGAAUUAUUAAAUUAAGUUUUUUUUUAUUAUUUAUCAAUAAGAUGAUAUGAUAUGUCUCAAAAAUAUAUUUAAGUCUUACACUCAAAAAAACUGUUCGUAUUUUAGCCUUCUAAUCAGAGGUAAUGGUAGAUUUUGAAUGACGCCUUGUAGACGAUUCUUCUAACUUCAAUCAAUACGAAUCGUUUUUUUUUUUGUAUAUAGAACAGACAUACUGGAAUCUGACAGAUGGAGGCGUGACAUCUAAGUGGCCUCGUCGGAAACUAAUUUAACCUUAAAAUUAAUUUUCGAACGUUACUGCUGUUAAUAUUAUGACUUACAUUUUCGAUUUAAUGUCACGGAACAUACACUUUAAAUUUUCAACGUAUAUAAUCCCCUAUUAAAGGGUUUUCGUUUGUAAUCACAUAUAUAUUACUAUUUGCGAUUUUUAAAAUUUGUGUUAUGUAUGUGGCCAAACCAUGCGGUUUAUUAAACCUCGUCCAUUUAUCAGAUCCCACGAAUUAGUUAAAAAUUAACAAUUGCUGUUGCUAUGUAAAAUGAUCUUUAGAUGUCAAGUAGAAGUCAAAUGUGACUAUAUUAUCAAAAUGAUAAAAUAAAAAAUAGGUACCUAUA